CCACAGCAACCAAUAGCCAUACAGCUUUUCUCUCUAUUUCCUUAGCUGCUGUAGCCUAUUGAAAGCGUUUUGAGAGAUCUUAACAUGUGGAAGUAACAUUAAUAAAACAAUACUCAAGGCACGACACGGCCCUUGAUCUCUUUGUUUUAAAAAACAGAUUCGUUUCACUUGAACGUUAGCUCCCCGAUGCAUGUUAGCUUAGAGGCAAAUUUAGCAUCGGCACGUUGUUUACCUCCAGAAGCAUGUGAGUGGCGUUAGUGCUCAGCAAAUCACCAGGUAGGAGGUGGAAGUCAUACAUCGAGCAUCAGAAGAAGUGGUAAAAGUCAGUUGUAUUAGCUGUGUCUAACUGUUGUGUCGAUUAUGGAUGAUUUGGAAAGAGAGCUAGGGCUUCCUCAAGACUUAGAGCAUGACGAUGAUUCCUCAGAUGACAAUUCCACAGUGGAAAAGAAAAAGUCAAAGCUCCCUCUGAGUAAUCGCAUGACUGAAGAGACACCUAGGGAGACUGGAUUUCACCAGACUACAAGAAUCUGUUUGGAGCACAUCAGAGAAGCCCUGCUGCAUCACAAAUGGCAAGAAGCAGCAGAAUAUAUGGCAUGUUACCCACAAAUGUUAGAAGACUCGACCAAUGGCACUGCUCAACAAUAUAAAGAGCUUAUUUGGAGGAUCAGUACUGAGAUUCUUCACCAUCACCCUAACUCAAAGAUCGACGACUACAACAACGUCUAUGAACGAAUGAAGCACACAGGAGUUAGACAUUACCUGAUGAUCUGUCUGGAGCAUUCAUUUCACCUGCUGCUUAAUGGGCACAUGGAGGAUGCAAAGCGUCAACUGUCUGUUGCUGAAAGUUGGAGGCAUGGGAAGGAGUCAGCAGCUCAGCAUCAGUGGACUAAACUGAUUCAGGCCUAUCGGAGUUUGCUGGAUUAUAUCAUCUGGUGUGACAAAAAGUUCACACACUGCAACAGUGAUGAUCCGGACUCUGGCGACAGCAAAGACAUGCACAACUACUUCAGACAGGCUUCUGUGAAUCUAAAGGAGAUUUUGAAAAACCCUGGUGUCUGGGAUCCCUUCAUACUGAGUUACGUUGAGAUGCUAGAAUUCUAUGAAGGUCACGAGGAGGCUUUAAAAGUCCUGAAUGACUACGCAUAUGACAACACUUUUCCACCCAAUCCCAACGCACAUGUUUAUCUGUACCAGUACUUAAAGCGGCACGACCCUUCAGAGAGGAAGCUGAUGAAAGUAUUGAAGAGUCUCCAUGCAUUAGUCCCAAGCCAUGAGCUGAUGCUGGAGUACAGUUCUCUCCUGCUUCACUCAGUAAAAAACACUGACAUCCAGAAAGCUUUAGGAGUUGUUCUGGAAAUGCUGGACUUUGCCUGCUGGAGGAGCAACCUCGACGUGUGGAAGCGUCUUAAAGCCAUUAUUCAAAAAUUACAGUUACACAGAGAAGACUGGAAGGACAUUGUCUCCAGAAAAAUGGCUGAAAGAAAAGUCUGGUGGCCUGCGCUGCACUUCACGAGCUUCCAUGCCAGUAAAGACUCUGAGUCAAACCCAGAGCUUAUGGAAGUGAAGGCAUCACUGACAGAAAUCCUUUGUCCGGACCUGAUGCUUAACUACGCAGCCGAACAGGUAACCAGUGCAGCGCGGACUUGAGAGAGAACAUCACGGUGUGUCUUCAAAAUUUGCAAUGAAGAACAGGGAUGAAAUGCUGCUGGGUAGCAGCUGAAAACUUCCCAACAGAGGAGUCUUGAUGAAGACCAAAACUCAUAAAUGCACUUUAUAUAUUAUAUUACAUAUUUUUCUGUUCUUUAUAGCAUUGUUUGUUUUUGCUUGGUAAACUGCACCUUGAGCUUUAUUAAUAAGGUACAGGCUGGAUUGUCCACCAUGUGGAGCUGUUGUUCUGCAGUUUGUCCAGUGAGUGUUUGAAGGGUAUGGAUUUGUUUCUAAUUUUUGACAGGAACUGAUUGUUGAUAUUGGCUUCAUGGUUUCUGUAAACAUUUUAAUGGAAACGGAGUCUCCUGCUGUCCUCAGCUAAUCUUUGACCGCCAUAUGGUCACAAGUGAGCGUAUACAGCACACAGCCCGAGGGAUUUCUCUCGGUUUCAUGUCAGAAUAAUCGACGUGGACCUUUCAGCAACAUGACGUGCAGAAGUCUGAAAAUUUGAAACACUGAAAUGUGUUUCUUUGUGUUGGUGCUUUUCUUAAAUGUGAGAGCUGUCUUCAGUGAGACGUCAAAAUUGAUUUGUGGUCACUUUUUAUAUGUGCUCAUAUUUUGCACAUGUUCUAUAUCCAUCAAUGUCAAGCUUGAUUUUCUCAAAGUUUUCAAAUUGCACCCACCUUGUAGCUUUUGUAUUUUGAUGUCAUGUAUUAAUGUUCAGUAAAAAAUAGACCUAAUUGUCAUAACAAUGUUUCAGAAUCCUGACCUUUUAACAAUGUGCUUAUUCUCCCUUAGACUGAACCAUGAAAUUAAAUCUUGCAUCUUGCCGCA